GGGCGGAGCGGGGCCGCGCUGGGCGCCGACGCGCUGAGGCUGGCGGCGUGUGCCCGGGGAAGGCGGAGGGAGGCCCGGCGGAGGGAGGAAGGCCCGGCGGAGGUAGGGUGGCAGAACACGGAAGAACCUCAGGAUGUCUGUAAUUCAGCAAGGGACGGCGACGCUUCGUAAAGCAAAGAAAGUCACUGUAAAGACAUGUUUGGAUAACCCCUUUGUUUUUCAGUGGAAAACUAUAGAUGGAGAAGAUAUGCAUUUUAUACUGCAGACUUUAGAAGAAAGGCUUAAACAUACUGGACUUAAAAAGAUUGAGACGCCAAGAAAGAAAAAACGUUCCCUUACAAAAAAACAAAUGGAAAGAAAGCGUGAUGCCAGCACCACUGAACUCCCUAAAGAGGAAACAGGAGGCGAUCGCCAGAAAGCGGGAUGGACUGACAUAAGUAUCAGAAGGCAGCUUGCUAUUGGAGUUAACGAAGUUACAAAAGCCUUGGAAAAAAAUGAACUGCUUCUCUUGCUGGUGUGCAAGUCUGCAAAGCCUGCCAUGGUCACAUCACACCUGAUCCAGCUGAGCGCCAGCCGAGCCACGCCAGCAGGGCAGGUUCCCCGGCUCAGCCAAACGCUGGCACCGCUGCUCGGCUUAACGUCCAUUUUAGCACUGGGCUUCAAAAAGCAGUCUGACAAAUUCACUGAAGCAAUAGAAGCAAUAAUCCCAAAGAUACCAGCUUUGGAAGUGCCGUGGUUUCAGUACAGAACUGAAGAAUCUGUGGGUGACGCGCAUACGGAUUCUUCAGAAAACGAGGAGCUGGAUGAGAUCGCAAGCCAGAAGCGGAAGCGUACGGAAAGCAGUCAGCUCGAUCUUUCAAAUGUAAUUUUGCAGCCUUUGAAAAUCAAGAAACUUGUUCCAAACCCAAAUAAGAUAAAGAAACCCCCUCGCAAAAAGAAGAAAGCUUUUUCUGUAUAACUGAUUUUAGUUUGGCUCUUCAAAAAUCAGUUUAAUGAAUGCCGUAUGGAGUGCAGCUAACUGAGCUAAUUUUGUUAGGCUUUACAGUGUAAAACACUUGACUACAAGGCAAACUUUAUGUUGCAUUCAGGUACUUUCUCCUUUAAUAAAGAAUAUUGCUCAAA